CCUUGUGGCUGGAGAGAUUAGGCUGCGUCCUUUCAAGAUCAAACUAUUCCCAGCGCCAUGAAUAAAGGCGGCUCCUUUUCAAAGAACUCCAAGGAGGAUACCGAGAAGUCAGAGAAGAAAUGCAAGGCCUUCAAGGAUAUUUCCAAAUACUUCUCUAAGGAAGAGUGGGCAAAUCUUGGAUACUCAGAUAAAAUCACCUAUGUGUACAUGAAGAGAAACUAUGACACCAUGGCUAGUCUAGGUCUCAAGGCCACUCUCCCAGACUUCAUGUGUCCUAAAAAAAGGGCCAACGAAUCCAGUGGGUGUGAUUCUGAUGAAGAUCAGAACCCCAAGAAUCAGGGUGAACCUCCUCAGGGGCCUUCUGAUGUGCAAGAUCAAAAGCAAAUGAAGGUGAUGCUCGAGAAACAAAUAAAGGAAGAAAGUGAUUCAGAACCAAUACCAAUAACACCUGGCUCUGAGCAGCCUCAGAAAGAGCUGUGCCCCCUGGGAAAAGCAAGUACCUCUGGUCAAGAGAGUGAGAACAUACCAGGACCCAGGAAACGGAUGAGUAGUAUUUGGGCCUGCAGACUGCGGGAAAGAAAGAACCUAAUAGUGUAUGAAGAGAUCAGUGAUCCUGAGGAAGAUGACUAACUCCGGAUGUGACAAGUGCCCAUGAUAAGAAGCAGA